CUCUCUCCACAGCUGUCAGACCUGUCAACCACACUCGUGUAUCCCGCGCCGUCAAUGGCCGGAGAUAGUAAACAGCGUGCUAAUUCGCCACGGCCCAUGGAUGACGGCAACCUCGGGCCCCACGCGUGCCAGGCCCCGCCUCGCCGGUUCAGUCCUCGAUGUUUUUCUUUAUAUUCGUCGCUCCAUCGCUGUUUUCCCCAUUCGUCUACAACUCUCUCACACCCUCCACCGCGUCUGGCCGUAAGCACAUCGGUGUCAAAGAAAUGCUCCAUUUUGUCUACUUCAUCCUCAUUGACUCAAACUCUAUCAUUCUAAACGACAAGUGAAAGCCGUCCACCAGAAUCCAGCUUCUGGAUGAGCACGAAUAUGAAUACAAACAUGAACACCCGAACCCUUGAAUCCCUAGGUCCAACCGACCUCCCAAUGGACGACCAUGAGCAUGACCACGAAGAGCUCCCACACUACGAACCCCACUCGCCCCCCGUCUACGAGCGGCGCGACUCCAGCAUGUCCUCGGUCCCGAAGAUAUCCUACCACCUCCGCCAAAUCAGCAGGAAGGUCCAGAUCCUCGUCCCCUUCGGCCCCACCCACGCUCCCUUGUACAAGAUUAUCUCGCGCGGCUCGCCCAGCUUCUUGUCUAAGAAGUCUGAGAUGACGCUACGGCGCGUGCAGCGGGGAUCUGUGGAGGCGUCGGAGGGCGACGAGGUGGCGACCAUCGACUUCGACAAUAACGGCCCCUUGCCGUGGUGCCCGCGGGCGAAGAUCGUGUGCGGGUCCGGAGGCUCGGCGAAGCUGUAUAACAUGGAAUCGAGAAACUUUAACGACUGGAAGAUCCCGAUGGAGGGGGGACGGUCGGCGUUCUACUGGCGGCUGGACGACCGGCCGAUCUCGCUGGCGUUUGUUGAAGGGUCGUCGUGUCUUGUGUUUGCGCGGUUUACGUACAGCGAGUGCGGUACUGUUGCUGCGAAUGGGGCGGAGGUGGGCGAGUUGGUGAUCUUUCGGGAUGGGUUUUUACGCGAUGGGUGGGAGGUGGAGAUGAUUGCGAGCAGCUGUACGAUUGCGAUCACGCAUUUUAAGAAGAUGGGACGGUAUUAUCGGAAUGAUAAGAAGGGGCUUGGGCUGUAUGGGUCGUGUCCGGGGAGAGCGCAGAUGCCUCUCGAUGCGCAGCCGUUUGGGAAUAUCAAUUAUUAGGGGUAUUACGGUACCUUGACUGGGCUGGGAGAGGAGGAUAUUUGGAGAAGCUCUCUGACUAGGGGGCGUCGAGAGGAGGAUCACUAGCGACGUUGGGAGCCGUACCGAAUUUUGGAGUCGAUAUAGAUCCCUCUUUGACGAGAGUGGCUGUUGAUGAUUGGCGUCUCCACACAGCCAGCGUGCGUGCUAGGUACCCUGGAAACUUGGACAGCGUUCGUCAAGACAAGCAUUUAGAUCUAUCUUCUUCCGUGCCGAAUUCGUCCAACGCCGUCCCUCAUCUGUGUAACUGUCAAGAUGACACGUUCCUCCCCGUCGCAGCGCGAGCUGUCCCAUCAAACAGCCGAGAGCGGAUCGGUCCGCAGGCGAGGAAUCAGUUCAGACCGGAGCGGGCGCAACAAACAGUGGUGGUCGUCGAGAGUGGUGCCGAUGAUGCUCAGAUUGUCCGCAGCGAUGCUGUGAUAUAUACUGCUC